AUGCUUCCUGCGUCGACCAAGGCCGUGGGGAGCAAGGUGCGCUGGAAGAUUGCAGUGCGCAGCCUGCAGGCGAACGCCGAGGCCGCUGGACAGGAAGGGAGAGAGGAUGAACAGGCUGCGUUGGGGUGCAUCACGCACCUCCGAGCCUUCCUGAUUGUUUGGUGCCUCAUCCAAGGAUGGUGUCUUCUCGGUGCCGCCACGUUUGCCGCCUGCGAACAGCCGCACGCCGAACUGCAGCUGCAGAGACGAGCGAUUAAGCAGGGGAGGUUUGAGGCCAUUGUCGCCCGUUACGGCCUCAACGACACUGUCGUGGAUGAUCUUAGGGAAUGGUUUCAGGACUUUGAAGACCUGGGCGGCGGUUGGACGCCGAACACCUGGGACUUCUACAACUCUUACCUCUUCUGCUUGACCAUCACCGCGUUCAAUGGACUGUGGUACUUCGAGCCCGCCACUUCAGGUGGCAAACUUGCGCUCGUCCUGUGGGGGGCGCCCGCCCUCGUAAUUGGCGUCAUGGGCGGCAUGGUCAUGGCCCGGGUCCUUUACCUCGCCUUGUUUAAUCAUCUCCGCGUGUGGUCGUGCUUCACCCCGGUCGGCUCAAUGUGGGAACGCGCAAGGCUUUGCGAGGCCUCGUUUAGCAAGUGGCGAGACCAGGUUCACUUCACGUGCAAGUAUCUGCUACUCAUUCUGCUGCUCAUUCUGACCAUCCACGUGCCGUUGACAUUUUACCUCAUCGACAACGCUGUGGAGAAUGACAAGGACCCCGGCGACGACUUCAAGAGAAACUCGCUUGGCGAAAAUCUCUACUUUUCGUUCCAGUGGGUGACGACGAUCGGAGUCGGCGAGUUCCGUCUUGACGCAAUCUUUGGGAGCACGCGCCUUGCGAGCGUGUUGGUAGUCCAGGUUCUGAUCCUCGUGCUCUGGGUCGCUCUCGGCUCCGCCUUCCGACUCUUCGAUUUCAUGGGCGAGAAGGGCGCGUUGCUGCUGGGCCUGUCUCACAUUGUGGGAGCAGAUGAGGAGGAGGAGACAGAGGUCGGCCUCCAUGAAGAGGAUUUUAGUCCCAAGAGGCCAGCUGGGGAGGAAGGCAGGUCAAAGGCGCGCUGGGAGGGCGUGAGAGGGCUCGUGGACAGUGCAUCACCACGUUAG